GGGUAUUAAUAGGGACGGACCUCACGGCGGUUCUGGGGAAGACUUCUGUCAGAGACCAACAUGGAGGACUUCCAGCAGGACUUCUACCAGCCCGGGUAUUAUAUCGACGACCAGGGUCACAGCGUGGAGUACUACAACCCCUACAGCACCAGAGAUGAGAAUAUUCCUCCAGGAUCCUUCAUGGAGCAGCAGUUCAGCGGGAAGAUCUACCAGCCGACAGAGUCUCCACCGACGUCCAGCAUCCCCGGAAUGAAAACCUCUGAAGAAGAAGAGCCUCCACUGCUUGUUGAGCUGGGAGUGGAUUUUGAUCACGUGUGGCAGAAGACGCUGACGGUUCUGAACCCGUUCAUGCCCGCAGACGGGAGCAUCAUGAACGAGACCGACCUGACGGGGCCCAUCCUGUUCUGCAUCGCGCUGGGCUGCACUCUGAUGAUGGCGGGAAAAGCCCACUUUGGUUUCGUUUACGGCAUCAGCGCCACCGGCUGCGUCGGGAUGUUCGUCCUCCUGAGUCUCAUGAGCGCCCUGCCCGUGUCCCACGGCUGUGUGGCCAGUGUCCUGGGGUACUGCCUGCUGCCCAUCGUGGGCCUCUCCGCAUUCGCCGUCUUCCAUUCGCUGCAAGGCAUUCUGGGAAUAUCUCUGGCCCUUCUGGCCAUCUGCUGGUGCGGCUUCUCGGCCUCCAAGAUCUUCAUCUCCACCCUGCAGAUGCAGGACCAGCAGCUGUUGGUGUUCUACCCGUGCUCUCUGCUGUACGGACUCUUCACGCUGCUCACCGUCUUUUAACCGAAGCCACCUUAAUGUUUCCUGCCAGACGAUCCUCAAAGAAGUAAAUAAUAGAUUUGAAUUUGUUCUGUA